AUGAAGCUCGUGUCUCUGGUGCGUCGAUCCCGGGGAACCACGAACGGCGGCAAAGGCCACCACAUCCAGAUCAUCUCCAACACGAACCGGAACAGCCGCCAGGCGCUCUUCCUUGACCCCAAGAGUAACCACCCUUUCGAGGAGAUCUUGCGCAAUGUGACCGAGAUGUUGGACAUGGAGAAUCCGCCCUGCCGCGCCCUCUAUAGCCUCAACCCGCCGUAUAAGAAGGAAGGAGAGACGUUGUCUGACGGUGGACAAAACAUUGACAGCGGCAGCUUCAUGGACUCAAUUGGUAAAAAGAAGAGCAUCUUGCGCAUCCUUAGCCGCUUCGCCGAGAAGACGUCCAUGGUGGGAGUCCCCUACAUCAACAACGCCAAGCUCUGGUGGGCGAAGCUGAUCUGGUGUUUCCUGCUCCUGUGUGCCUUGGGGGCGAUGAACCUGCACCUAUGGUAUCUCCUAAACCAGUUCUUCUCUUGGCCUACUGUUACCAAGGUGGAGCUUGGAUUCUCGGAUCUCCGCUUUCCACAGAUAACUGUUUGCAACGUCAAUGUGUUACAUAAAGGGAAGCUUGCUAAGUAUGCUGGUGCCUAUACGCUGAAACAGUUAGUGUACACAAUGAAACCAGAGAACGUCGCACCGAAUCAGUUCAAUCCAUAUUAUGAUCCUAAUAAAAAUGAAUCACCUAGUGAUGAUGAAGAAAAUGAAUCACCUAGUGAUGAAUCAUCUGGUGACGCAGACCAGACGCAAGGUCCUUCAUCUUUUAACACAGGCAAACCAAUUUCUAACAAGCGUCGUAAGCGGUAUGUGGACACGUACGGGGAUAUUGACCCCUCAAAGUACGACCCAAACAAACCGCCUUCGCCCCCUCCGCUGCACAAAGAGUACGAUGGCAAGAAGGACUCACAGGAAGAGAUAGAACUCGCCUUUAGUACGCUCUACAUGAAUAUAAAUAGGAUUGACCGGGCACGACUCGGACACAACAUCAGCCAUAUGCUACUCAGCUGCACUUUCAACGGCCGCGUCUGUGACGCAGGGAUGUUCCGCCAUCACGACACGGUCGAGUACGGUAACUGCUGGACGCUCGACAAUGACAAGUUUACCGUGAUGACGCCUGGACCGGAAGGGGGCCUGAAACUCGUGCUUUUCAUGGAGUCCAUGGAGUACCUAGAGGGGAUCACGUGCGGAUACGGAGCCCGAAUACAGGUGCACGAGCCAGGCACCUAUCCGCAUCCCGUGCAUGAGGGAAUGCACGUGCCCGCAGCCAUGGCAACAUCCAUCGGGCUCAAACUGGUCGCGUUCGAGCGUCUGAACGGACCAUACGGGGACUGCGAUUUGGGCGCGGACUUCCAGGCCAGGUACGGAGUUAGAUACACGAGGCGCUCUUGCUACUCCGCGUGCGUGCUUGAGGAUAUCGUGGGCACGUGCGGUUGCCAUAGCGACGAUGCGGAGUACUUUGCACAGCGCCUCAACGACUCGCUGAUACGGUGUAGAACUUUAAAUGAGACGACGUGUCAAGUCGGUGUUAAACGCCGCUAUGAGACGAUGGAGUCUCGGUGCAAAUGCCCGAACCCUUGCAAGGAGGUGGUAUACGACAAAAGUGUGAGUCAGCGACAAUGGCCUACAGACAACUACGCGAAGGUGCUGUUGGAAGGCGUGUGUAAUAUGGACAAGGAGGAAUGCAAGAAUCUCAGAACAAAAUUGGCCGAUCAACGGGGUCUUAGUAACAAUUUCCUGCGACUGGACAUUUACUAUGAAGAUUUGAACUUCGAGAUGAUAAAGGAGUACCCUGAAAUCGAGUGGCAGCAGUUCCUGUCGGACGUUGGUGGCGCCAUUGGUCUGUGGAUCGGCCUCUCCAUGCUAAGCCUCUGCGAAGUCGCGCAGCUCCUCGUAGAACUUUGCAAUUUUGCGGUCAGCAAGGCCGCCAGUGAGCGCCGACGGGACGGUAAACGUGAGGAACGCGACCACUCGGCUUCCUAUUCAAGAAGUCAGCUGGUCACAUCAAUCGGAAACGGGACUACUCUGCGACCACUUCCGGCUAUCAGUACAACUACAGCGACCGGAAACGUGGAUUCAAUGACCAGUGGCAAGACAUGAAGUUUGCUGUUAAAGUCCCAGACGCCUAUUUGAAUAGACGCUCUUAUGGUUUGCAAAAUAAUGGAUAUAGUUCUCCGUUUUAAAAUGCACUGAACGAUGCCUUCUGUGUUGUUACAUCUCAAUUCAGGAUUGACUGGGUGCGAUUCUUCUGUAUACAAUGGGCAUUGAAAGGGCAUGAACCUUUCUUUUCAAUGGGUAUUGAAAGGGGUAUGAACCUUGGUCUUUCCUUUUCAUCGUUCUAUAUAUAAAUGGAUAUUAAAUAUGGCAAAUUUUUACUGAAUUGUGCAUAAAGAUGUAGAAAUAUUAUUUGCUAUUUUAGAACGUAAUUACAUACAAAGAUUUUAUUCAAAUAAUUUAAAGGACUGACUCGUUCAGGUAGAAAAUGCGAAUAGAGAUCGCAAUCUGUAAAAACAUUUUGACAAUCGUAUUGUACACUUUUAUAUAGAACUUUACAUAACCGUUUUUUAGCUUUUUGUCCGUCGUGCUUCGUCCGUCGUCAACAUUUUGCCUUGUUAACACUCUAAAGGCUACAUUUGUUGCCUGAUCUUCCUGAAACUUGGUCCAAAGAUUUGUCCUAAUUAUAUCUUGGUUGAGUUUAAAACUGAAUCACAAUAGGUGCAGGCACCCACUGAUUCAAAUCAAAAAUCACAUGACACAUUGAAUAAUAUCUGAGCAUGUUUAUGUCGGACUGAAGCCCGUGUGUCGUUGUCCCUUCCGACUGACUGCCAAAGUAAAACUGACCCCCUGAUUGUUUUAGAAGCUUUAUCAUUAUAUUGUCACAAAUUUCAUUAAACAUGAAUGUUUGCCUUCUUUUCACAACAAUAUCCAUUUUUAUACCAGCAUCGUCCAGAGCAGAGGACAUUCGCUCAGGGCGGUGUACAUGUCGGUACCAUAAUAAUCACUCUGCAAUAAAGCAAAUACUAAUAUAAGUAUCGAAUGAAAUAGAAAUAAACAUCUGAAACUA